CCCCGCUCCCUGAGUCCCCGUUAGCACUCUGGGAACGGCGUUGGGGGCGGCCCCUCGCCCUCUAGCUCGCCCCCUCCCUGCCCAGUGCCCGUCAGCCGAGGGGCCCACGAGCCGUCGGGUGGGAACGAACACGCCAGCCCUGGGACCCUCAUCACCUCCGGCUAGGCUAGCCCAAACUCUCACUCUCCAAAAUCGUUUUAAUUUUUAAACAGUACUUGUCUUAGGAGGAUUCCGUAAAGUUAGGCAAAUCUGGAGUCUAAAAGUAGACUCCGGGUACUGGAGGGCACGAAGUCGCGGGGUCCAGAAGCACCCCUGGUGCGCGCGGUGAACGUCAGGUUCUUGGCGUGCCCAGCGGCCUUGCAGAACUUGAACUCCGGCAGCUCGCUGAUGAAGCCCCGGCACCGCGGUUUCAUUUGCCCAGAAAUCCACCUUGCCCUGCAUUCGCGACAAUAUCGGGACGUGUUCUGCGCGCGAUGACUGCCCGCCCCGCACGCAUUCCAGGGUACCUGACACUACAACCCCAGAAUGAGAUGCCUUGUUAUCCCGGCCAGCCCGGGGCCCUGGGUACUCGCCCCGAAGGUUCUAGACCUCGCACUUGGGCCCCGCUGGCCAACAGUGCCCGGCGGAGGAGGUGCGGCUCCUUUAAGACCCGACCCACUCAGUCAGGUGACCAGGCCGUCGCUUAGCAACAGGACGCCGCGCGACCCUCGGGGCGCGGGCUGCGGAGAGGCUGUUCCCCGCCUUGUGUUUCUUCCUCGCGCAGCUCGGGUGGAUUGCAGGAUGUCCGAGGAGAACCCGCGAGAGUGCGAGGAGUCUGUGAAGCCCGCGGCCCAGGCCCUCCCGGAGAAAACCGACGACUACUACCGCGUAGCCGAGGACCUACCGGUCAGGUUCAACAACCCAGCGUGGUUUCGGGGCUACAGGACCAAGGAGCCCGCCUCGGUGUACAGGACCAGUAACCAAGCUUACGGGAGCAGAGCCCCCACGGUGCACGAGAUGCCAAAAGCAUUUUAUGCACAUUCGAAUAAAUUUUCCAGACAACUUGCCACUGGUGGAAUGUUCCAGAACAAUACUUUGAACAUGGACAUAGAGAAGAGCAUUGUGACAGGUGCCGACAACCACAUCACCCCCUAUGACCGGCUCAACUUCCACCCCAGUUACAACGUCAGCAGGCCGUCCAUUUGUGAUUGAGGGGGCUGGGACACCUCCCUCCGGAGUCUCCUGACCCCAGCAGUGGCAAUCUGGAGAACCAUCAUCCCUGAUCUUUGAUAAUUUACCUAGUUGUGAAGGUGACAGAAUUCACUGCUCUCCCUUAAAAGUUUCCCUCUCUAGAUUAGAACAAUACACAAGGGGGGCUGUAAUGUCUUACUUUCUCACCUCACAUCUGAGAUGGAAAACGUGCUCAUGCCUUGACUUUCAUUAAAAAUGUUGCCGCUUCCUGACUUUCGGACUCACCUGUCAUUAAGGAGCGUGUCUGGGUGUCCUGGGACCCAACUGUUGUCCUGAACACCGUCCACCUGCAUCUUUAUUUGGAGCCUUGUUCACAAGUUAUGGAGCAGACUUCCUAUUCUAAAGCGACCUGAAAUCUGCACAAACCCUACAAGGCCGGGAGGGACGGGAGGGUGCCCUGCCCAGGCAUGGAUGGGAGUGGCCAGGGAGGGGAACGGCAGAGCCCUUCCAGAAAGCUCCAGGUAGGAGCAGGCAGCGGGGCCAUGUUGUUCGAAGUUCCACGGAGCACCCUCCAGCCACGAGCCGGGUGGGAGGCCCAAGAAAUGAACAAGGUCAGCAAGUGUCGGGCUGAUGCCCACAUGGGAGUUCUCUUCUUUGUGUUCAUUUUAAACUUUCAAUAAAAAGUCAAAAAAAAAAAAAAAAAGGGAAGCGGGUAAUAACAUUUUUCUCAGGUGUGGGGGGAAAUCGCUGUAUUAAGUGGAUUUUUAUCUCUCUGUACUUGAAGUCGUCAAUCAGUGUUUCCUAUGAGUUAGAGGGUCCUCAAUAAGAAAUUUUCUGUGACAGUACAUCUUUCAGACAUGGAUCUCCCCCUUCCAUUAUGACGGCAAGACAUACUCAUUACAGAACAGAAAAAACCAUUGUUACAUACCAUCCGUAUCAUCUUGUUUAUGGAGAUUUCUACCCAAAGAGAGUUUACUCACAUUUGAAUUUGGGAAGAAAUCAAGCACCAACUGGUCAUUUCUUCAUUAAAAACAUUUUAUUAUUCAUACACAAAGGACACAUUUUUGGCAACAUUCUUAAUGUCCACUUUGGAAUGGAAAUGGUUUCCAGAGAAAAUCAAUAUAUUUAAUAAAAAAGAUACAAAACUGAGCCUGAAGCCAGGAUCUGUGUAAUGUCCUUCUCCUGAGCUUAAAAACCAGCAGAGACUCCAGGCAUAAAACCGAAAAUGAGUUUUUACGACCCCUCAUUAAAAACAAGAAAAUACUAAGAACUCUUCUGUGUUUAGCCUGUGUUGAAAUAAAAAAAAAAGAAGGCCUCUCAGCCAAGUUUCUAAACUCACCACAAAAGAUGAAUUCCUUGCGGGGCAGCUGACUAAGCAGGUCAGCAGUUCCAGGGGAGAAUAAAGCUGGCAGCAAACGAGCUUUGUGCUCCUACCUCAGACUGGUGAACAGCAUUCGUGGAACAAGACAGCUUCCCAAGCCACACACACAGGAGAGACCAUUAGGAAAAAAGCCCCAGUUUGGGCUGGGAGUAUCUUCAAGCUGACAUCAACAAACAAAAGAAAUGCCAAUCGCUCCAUACACAGAUAGGGCAGGUAAAACAAUAAAGCUUCCAGGAGAAAGCCUAGGGAAUGUUGUCUUCGUGACCUCGAGUAGGCCAAGGUUUCUUACAGAUUCAUGAAUUGGACUUCAUUAAAAUUGAGAUACAUCUGUUUUCCUAACAAAAAAAAGAUGCCAACCUCACCAACAGGUGUCCCAAGGUGCGUGCUGGCAUCAUAACUGGGCACUGAUGGUAGCCAAUACACUAACAUUUCAGUGACAGUUGCUAAUGAGUUAAACUCUACAUUUAGAAAUAAUAAGAUUACUAAUAAUAGACAAAUAGAAUAAAUGGGAAGUUGGAAAACAGAAAUACCUUUGGUUUACAUGUCCAUCUUCCCCAAAACUCAGCUGCUGUUCUUCUGACACCUCGGCCCCUGUGUGCUGUGGGUGGCCGCUCCUCUCCAUUUGUCUGCCGUCGUUCCAGGGGCUUCAACAUUGUCAUCUCAUUGGACACACACCCCUGCGGCAAACUUACACCUGCACCUCCACUUCCAGAUGGGAAAAUUAGGGUCCAAAGGAGGUGGCUUGUGGCCGGCCCUGGGCUUGUACCAGCCUUGGGUAUGUCCUGGGAGAGACGAGGUCACCAGUGUCUGACCCCACUUUCUGACCCUAACUUUCUACAUAUUUGCACAAGUCCUAUAGGAACUCCAGCGAUUAUGAAUUUUGUGAACUUUACCUUUUUGACAUAUUUUCAGACUGGAAUCUUUGUGUAUUGAGCCCUGGGGAAAAAAGAGAUUAGAUCCACCGGUCUAACUGUUCUCAUUGGGGUGACAGCAUACAGAAUGGGUGGCUGAGAAAUGAAAAUGACAUCCCCUCACUCUGACCUUUGUACUGAGUUCUUUCAAAAUCUUAAAUCCAGCAGAAUAAUUAUAGAAAUGGCAACCGAGACAUUAGGUGUGACAAAAGCCAGCUAAAAUAUUAACGUUCGUGGCUAUUCCUGAAAACCUGGCUUCAUCUAUGAAUAGGUCUUUGCUUGGUCUAGCCUUUGAUUCCACUCUGAAAGCAAACACUGAAAAGUGAAGUUUCAUGACACUUGACUAAUUAUUUAGCUGCUGGGUUGGCUUAAAACCAGUCACUUCUUACUCAAACCGUAUAUUUUCGUUUACGUUUGUGUAUUUUCCUCCAGUAACCUUUAAUCUUUUAAUUAUAGUCAAUUAGAAUAAGAGGUUUCAAACAUAGUAAACUACAUCAAUGCUGGAAAAAACUCUGUCCAGCACACAAAAUAGCAGACGCCUGAGUCGGCAAACAGUGCACUGCCCCCUAGUGGCCGUGUCCGGUACUAACCUGGUUGUGGUUUGCAGGCACCGGGGGUGGGAUUUGUGCCGUUUCUCUGGGUACAGGCCCUUAAUUUCCGGAGAGCAGGGAAUCAAGGUGGCAAUACUUUUUAUAUUUUCCUAUGCAAAGAUAAGGUGCUAGUGUUUAAAUUUAGUGCCUGCUUUCCCAGAGCAAAUAUCUCUCAGGCUGGGAGCACCUGUCACCUGACUAUUCAGAUUCUGAGCAACAGACGAGAGUGACUCUUGGCCGCAGAAGACCCUCUACAGGGGGACGUGGGUGGUGAGCACGGAACAUGAACAGGACUGUCUCCUCCUUCCCACUCCCACUCCCGUUCCUGCUCUGUGGGACUUGACUGCAGACGGGCCCCGCCGACCUGCCCCAGAGCACCAGACACCUCUGAAACUCGGCCCCCUUCCUCGCACUGAAUGAAAUGAACCCUGGCCCCAGGCACAGACCCACUGCCCACUCCCUGGGAGGCGAGGGCAGCUCUGUGGGUGUGACUCGUCUGGGGGUCUUCACAAUGACAGCUGGGUUUAGAGACUCAUCAUUCACCUGGCUCUCUGUCCACAAGUGUGCAAUUAGCACUGCAGGCAGCGGCUCCUGUGACACUGCCGUACGUGGCCAGGUCAGGCCCGGGCCAGCGGAAGUGUGGGACAGAGGCUGCAAACAUCACAGCCAGUCGUCACUCGGCAGCCCAAUCUGCCCCGACUGCAGUGCCCUUUCCAGACAGGGUGCGGGGGACACUUCCGACCGUGGCCCUGGCACGCGCCAGCCCGCCUAGGGUGUGCAACACAAUGUGUUUUGUCGGCUGUCUCAGGGAUGGACCGUGCAAUCAGGCUUAUGUCCGGUUUGUGAAAAUAAGGCACGUGUAAGCGACGGUAGGCACCCAGAAUGGGGCUCAGUGCCACACAGGUGGUGGGAACUCGGGAGGCAGGAAGAGAGGCAGGUGUGAGGGGUCCUGCCUGGGAACAGGCGAGGCUGGCA